CAACGCUUGGAGGGUUUUAAUCCGAAAAAACGAAAGGCGCAUGAAGCACCCAAGCGCAGGUUAGCCAAUAGAAGAGACACUAGAAAUUUCCCAAUCACUCACAACUUUCCAGAUUAGGGUUUCUCUCUCUCUCUCUCCAUAUUAUUUUACAGGUGAGAUCUCUCCAUUGCUAUUACGACAUCGUACCUUAUCUACACCAAACCCUAAAAAACCAUAAAGGCAAUGGAAGGAGGAGAAGGAGAGGAUCAGAUGGAGCACUUUCAACGUAACGAAGCAAUCUCAGCCGUUGCUGAUGAGGGGUUUUUAGGCGAAGAAGAAGAUGAUGAUUACGAGGAUCUUUACAACGAUGUCAAUGUCGGUGAGGGUUUCUUGCAAUCUCUUAGAAAAAACGAUGAUUUAGGGUUACAAAAUCAAGAAAAUACCAACAAUAAUAAUAAUGUUACUAAUUAUGAGAAAAAGAUUGAAUCACCUGCUGUUGUUGCACAGAACCUCGGUGCUACUGCAGGAGAAACUAGUGUUUCUAGGGUUUCUUCUGGUUAUGAUAUGGUGCAGAAAGUGGGUCCCACCAGUGGGUGUGGUGGUGGUGGUGGGGGGCUCAGGGUUGAAUUAGGGCAAAGUUCUAGUAAAGUUAGCGAGAUUGAGGAGCAGACUGGUAAUAUUAAUAUCAAAAGUAAUAAUAGUAAUCAUAGUAAUAGUAAUGUUAACAAUAACAACAACAGCAGUGUAAGUGUUGUUCAAGGGAAUGUUAUUAGCCAGCAAUCUCAAGUUGUUAGUACGGGAAAUGCAGUGAAUGAGAGUAAUAUGGUAAGGAAUGUCAAUGUCAAUGGAGGAAGUUAUAACAAUAUGGUUGGUAACGGUAGCAGCAGCGGUGGAGGUGGGAGCGGGACUAUAUUGUUUGUGGGGGAAUUGCAUUGGUGGACAACGGAUGCAGAGCUAGAAGCUGAGCUGUGUAAGUAUGGUGUUGUUAAGGAGGUUAAGUUUUUUGAUGAGAAGGCGAGUGGAAAGUCAAAAGGGUACUGUCAAGUUGAGUUUUUUGACCCUGCAGCUGCUGCUGCUUGUAAAGAAGGGAUGAAUGGACAUUUAUUCAAUGGAAGGCCGUGUGUUGUGGCUUUCGCAACUCCUUAUAGUGUGAAGAGGAUGGGUGAGGCUCAAGCUAAUAGAAAUCAGCAGAUGGCUCAGGCUUCGCUUUCACAGGCAAGAAGGGGGAAUAACGACGCUGGAAAGAAUGCUGCUGCAGGUGCUGCUGCUGGUGGUGCCACUGGGAGUGCUAUUGCAACUGGUGGGAAUUAUCAAGGUGGGGAUGGAAAUAGAGGAUAUGGGAGAGGUAAUUGGGGUAGAGGGAAUGGGCAAGGGAUGGGCGGUAGAGGGCCGGUUGGUCCAAUGAGGAAUAGGGCUGGUGGUGGGAUGGGUGGGAGAGGUAUCAUGGGGAAUGCUGGAAAUGGGUUUGGCCAAGGCCUUGGUGCUACCCCGCCUUUGUUGCACCCCAAUUCAAUGAUGGGGCAGGGUUUUGAUCCGGCAUUUGGUGCACCUAUGGGGAGAAUGGGGAGUUAUGGGGGCUUUCCUGGGGCCCCUACACCCCCAUUUUCAGGGAUAUUAUCUUCCUUUCCACCUGUUGGUGGCGUGGGAUUGCCUGGAGUAGCUCCUCAUGUGAAUCCUGCAUUUUUUGGAAGAGGAAUGCCAAUGAAUGGAAUGGGAAUGAUGCCGACUACUGGUGUUGAUGGGCCGAAUAUGGGAAUGUGGUCGGAUCCUAGUAUGGGUGGAUGGGGAGUUGAAGAUCACGGUGGUGGGAGAGCUGGCGAGUCUAGUUAUGGUGAGGAAGCUGCAUCUGAUCAUCAAUAUGGUGAGGUUAGUCACGAUAGAGGAGGUUGGCAGAACACAAUGAAGGAGAAAGAUAGAGCUUCAGAGAGAGACUGGUCCGGAUCUUCUGAUAGAAGGUAUCGUGAUGAUAGGGAAGCUGGAUAUGACAGAGAUAUGCCUAGAGAAAAAGAUAUGGGUGGUCACGAUCAUGACUGGCCAGAGAGAAGGCACCGCGAAGACAGAGAUGUUGGUAGAGAAAGGGAUAGGGAGCGUGAGAGGGAUAGGGAACGCUCUCGAGAUCGUGAGCGAGAACGAGAAAGGGAUCGUGAUAGGGACCGAGAUCAUGAUCGUUACAGGGAAGACCGUGAUAGAUAUGCUGAUAAUCAUAGGUAUAGGGACCGUGAAGUAGAGCAUGAUGAUGAUUGGGACAGGGGUAGGUCAUCAAGGACUCACACUAAAUCAAGAUUAUCACAGGAGCGUUCAAGAUCUAGGGAUGCUGAUUAUGGGAAGAGACGACGGCUUACAUCUGAGUAACCUAGUAAAAUGAUAAUUCAUGUGGAAACUUCUCAUUAGAAGCAAAUAUCAAAAAGUAAGAAAGCUUUGGGUCAUCAAACUUAUUUGGAUUCUUACAAGAGGUGUUCUUGGGUACUUCAUUUCCUGAAUAGCAGUUCUCAGUUCAUUGUCUGAAGUUAUUUUGUAUGCUUCUGCACAUGGCAGUAUGGUCUCAUUAUCAUGCAAAAAAGACUUAAAGGGGCAUAUGAUCUCGAGAAUCAAAGCUGUUCGAUGGAGUUCCAGGUUUUUCUUGGAGAUGAUGAGGACCUCAAUCUUCUACGUGAGAGACGAUACAUGGGACCUACCCAUUUGCCUCGAUUGAUGUAGAAGUGGAACUUUUGGUUUUAAGUUAUUAGUUUUCAUAUGUCAUUUAUGUUUUAGUUGAUUAACACUUUGCUCAGACCAAUGUUGUGGAUUAUGUAAUGGCUUGAAAUUGCUGAAGUCUGGAUGUGGUAGAUUAUAACAGAACUUACUGUUUUGAAUGUGAUGUAAUAGGAGGAAUUAGAUUAGCAGAUGUUACUGAUCUGCCUUUUCUGAUUAGCUAGUUAUUGUAUCUCUUUUAGCUCCUCUUUGUUUUAGUUUUGAGCUCACCUCCAGAUUAGCCAUGCAGUUUUUGUGAAGAGCUUGUAGAAUCUUUGAUCAUUUAGUCAAUGGCGAUUUUUUAAGCCCUGAGAUUUGUACAAAUACGAUUUUGUAUAUAUGAAUAUGGCUGAUCGGAUUUUGUAAA